AUGAAAGAGCACUACCAAAAAGAGCAUUCGUGGGUUAACCCGCGUAACCGGGGGAGGCCGGCCGGCUCUUUUCAAGGCCCGGGCCCAGCAGCCACGAAAAGGAAAGAAGGAGAACGAGGGGAUGACACAGGUCUGCCGUGGCGUACGCAGGUCCGCUGCCAGCGCUUGUUUUCCGGGCGGGCGGCAAGCGGCUGGUUUGAGGUGGAGCGGCCAUUGAGCAAGCAGAUCGCGGCCGCAGAAGCGGAUGUAGGAACAGGCAGCAGCAGCAGCAUUGAUAGCACUGGCACCAACAGCGAUACGUGGCAGCUCAUGCUAGCAGCAUACGACGCCAAACUGGCAGCAGAAGAGGAGGAGCGGCGACGGAAGGCGGACGGGCCCGGCGGAAUCGAUGCGGACUCGGCUUGGAUACGGGAGAUGGGGUGGGCCAGUCAUCUUGAAGGCAAGGAUCUGGUAGUAUUGCACGCUGCUAGCUUGGGCCCGCUGUCGAGGGCCGCACUAGAGAGGCUGCGUGACACGGCAUUAAAGGACGAGCAACAGCAGCUGACACGGCUUGCCGAGAGCUUCGACCGGGAGGUGGCGCGGUGCACGGCACGGCUGGAGCUUGUGCCGCACGAGACGCUGCGAUGGCUGGCAAGCAUCGACCCGGGCAAGCCGGCCGGGCGGCCGUUCGGCGUCAAGGAGCACGCCAGCUCGAUGGACCGGUACAAGGGGUAUUGGAAGCGAUAUCUGUGCUACUGCUUGCGGGCGCUGCAAUUAGGGCGGGAGGAGGCGGCGGCGCAGCACGCGGUGCGGUUUUCCGACCCGCAGUGGGGCCGGCUGGAGGCGGUCGCGCAGCUGCUGGACGACGCUGCUAACGACGCUGCUAACGACGCUGCUAACGACGCUGCUAACGACGCUGCUAACGACGCUGCUAACGACGCUGCUAACGACGCUGCUAACGACGCUGCUAACGACGCUGCUAACGACGCUGCUAACGACGCUGCUAACGACGCUGCUAACGACGCUGCUAACGACGCUGCUAACAACGCUGCUAACAACGUCGGUGCUGCCGCCGACAUGGAGGACAAGGACAACGACAACGAAGCCGAGAGGCAGGCGCGUGCGCUAGACCGGCUGGUCUUUCUUUUCUGUAUCGGCUCGCUUGAACAGAAGGUGGCGUUCGACGUAUACGUCAACCCGCUACUUCACUUUGCCGCCGUGCUAGGGAUCGACGGGCCGCGGCGGGCGUGGAAACAGGCAAAGGACUACACGGGCCAGCUCGCCGGGAUUAUGUGGUGCGGGCGGCUGCUCAUGCUGGAGCGCGUGUUCGAGGGCCAGCCGGAAGACCCGGGCGAGAUGGACGCCGAGGUGGCCGAGCAGUUCAAGGAGGCGUACUGGCAAGACACCGGCGAAAGGAGGGCGGCACGGCACGGAUCACGUGGGAAGAGGGCGGGCAAGCGCUGCGAUAUCUGGGGCAACGGGUCACGGUGCAGGAGUUCAGGGGCGCGGCACAGGCCGGGGCGCGAGGCCGAGGGGCUGCUGGACGGGCUGUGCUUUCGGCGGUGGGCGGAGGCGCGGGCGUCGGUGAACACGGGCCGGAUCGUCGACAGCAUGGUGUACAAGGGGCCGGGACGGUCGUUCGUGACGGGCGGCAAGAAUGACUGGCUGCGGCCGGGGCACCGCCGGAUAGCGGAACUGGCACUCGAGACCGGCAGGCUAUGGGACGCGCAGAAGGGCCAGUGGCGCGACAAGCAGGUGGCAGAGGCAACCGGGCCAGAGAUGAUGACGAUGCGGCACUGCGACACGCAGCAGCUGCUGCAGAACGUGUUCGUGUUCGACGGGGACGUGCUGCUCGUGACAGACCGGGACAAGAACAAGACAAUCCGGGGCAUCGAGCGCAAGGUGGCGCGGUUUCUGCCGGCACACGUGGGCAAGAUGAUGGUGGCGUACGUGGCGUGGGUGCUGCCGUUCGAGAAGAUGCUGCACGCACAGGCGGGCGGGGCGAAGGGACGGUGGGAGACGGCGGAGCUAAGCAAGCAGCUGGCGGCGCUGACGGGGCAACAUAUCAGGGUGGAGCUGACGGUAGCAGACUAUCGACACGUGACGAUCGUGCUGGGGCGGAAGAUCCGGGGUCUGGUGAGGCGGCGGGGGCCGGGACGUGAAGAUGCGGUGACGGGCGAGACGCGGGAGCAGCAAAAGACGGAGUCCAUCUGGGAUCUGCGGGCGACGCACGGCAGCGCGAUAGCACGGCAGCAUUACGUGCUCGACGUACGAUUCCCGGGGCAGCUGCAGCCGCAGAUGAUAGCAAACUACCGGGAGAUCAGCCAGUUAUGGCACGGGUACAUACAGGCAAGCGGCGGCGGCGAUCAGGAUCAAGACGAUGAUCACAAGAGCGCCGGCAAGGACAAGAAGAGACAAGCCAAAACAGCAAGCGGGGGCAGGGACAAUGACAGAGAUGGUAGAGACAGCAAGAAAAAGAAGAUGGGCAGCGUCAGACCCAGCCCGAGGGCUACGGAGAGGAAAGACGGCAGGGACAAGAUCAAAAACAGCAGCAGCAAGGGGAGCCGCGAGACCAGGAUAGACGGCGGGCUGCGCACGCUGCUAGGCAUCGACGCCCGCUGGAAGACAGAAGAGCAGCCGGCUGCAAUGGCAAAGGUGAUGGCAAUGAAGGGUGGACAGGCACUCAUCGUGGUGCUGCCGACGGGUGGCGGGAAGAGCAUUCUCUUUAUGCUGCCAGCAGUGACGGAGAAGACGGGGACAACGGUAAUGGUGGUGCCGUUCGUGGCGCUGAUAGACGAUCUGGUAGCGCGGGCACGGGACUUUGGGGUGGACAGUCUGCGGUGGCAGACAGCCGCGCGGACGGGGCAGGACGAGCCCCAGCGGGAGGCACGGCUAGUGGUGGUCAGUGCGGACGUUGCGAGUAGCAACGAGUUCACGACAUACGCGGACGGACUGCGGGCGCGGGGUCUGCUGUGA